CAGCAAAUACUCUCUCCCUUCCCGGAGAAUGGAUAAUCCUUCCGAAGAUUCCUCAGAUACAUCUAAACAGCGGCAACUUCAGCGCUCUGUCUCUUCCGACCACGAUCAACGAGCCUAUUUGGUGCCCUACAGGUGGUGGAAGGAGGCGCAAGAUUCUUGUUCAGCUCUUGAGUUGGAUAGGAUGCAAGGGAUUUUGUACACGGCUUCACCAGCAUAUUCCUAUGGAGGGCCCAUGAAACUAAUCAACAACAUAUUUAGCUCAGAUAUUGUAUUCAAUCUUAGGAGAGAGGAUGAUUCUUUGACCAAUAAUGAGAAUGGUGAAGUUGGGGUAUCAGGUCGGGACUAUUCUUUGGUGCCAGGGGAAAUGUGGUUGGAGGCACUCAAAUGGCACAGUGAUUCUAAAGUUGCCAUGAAAGAUGGCAGGAGCUUUUCAGCUGCAGAAGAUGACAUGGCAGAUGUUUACCCCUUAAAACUCAGGCUUUCUGUCUUGAGGGAAACCAACUCAUUAGGAGUGAGAAUAAACAAAAAGGACAAUCCAGCUGAGCGCUUUCGAAGAGCCUGUAAGAUUUUCAGUGUUGAGUCUGAGCUGUUACGUGUUUGGGAUUUCUCUGGUCAGACAACCCUAUGUUUCUUAAACGACACAAAUAAGGCCAUAAAAGAUUCACAGCGGCAGUCAGAGCAGGAUAUUCUCCUGGAGUUGCAAGUUUAUGGGUUGUCAGAUUCUGUUAGAAAUAGAGAGGUGAAAAAAGAUGAGAUGAUACUUCAACAUCCUAUUGGAGCUUCACUGGCAAUGAAUGGUUAUGCUGGCAAUAUUAACUCCAGUUUUGUUCGAAGUACUCCAGAUUUUUUUGGAAAGUCUUGUGAAUCUGGUUCUUUGGGCUUGACCGGGUUACAAAACCUAGGAAAUACUUGUUUCAUGAACAGUGCACUUCAGUGCCUGGUGCACACACCCAAGCUUGUUGACUUCUUUCUUGGAGAUUACAGAAAAGAAAUAAACCAUGACAAUCCAUUGGGCAUGAAUGGUGAGAUUGCUUCAGCAUUUGGAGAUUUGUUGAAGAAGUUAUGGGCACCUGGAGCAACCCCAGUAACACCAAGAACAUUUAAGUCAAAACUUGCUCAUUUUGCUCCUCAGUUCAGUGGUUUUAAUCAGCACGAUUCUCAAGAGCUUCUUGCCUUUUUGUUGGAUGGACUACAUGAGGACUUGAACCGUGUGAAAUGCAAGCCCUAUUUUGAAGCUAAGGAUGGAGAUGGUCGUCCAGAUGAAGAAGUAGCUGAUGAAUAUUGGCAGAAUCAUCUGGCUCGCAAUGACUCUAUUAUCGUUGAUUUGUGCCAAGGCCAGUAUAGGUCCACAUUAGUGUGCCCUCUUUGCAGAAAGGUCUCUGUCACUUUUGAUCCGUUCAUGUACCUGUCCUUGCCUCUACCAUCAACAUCAGUGAGGACAAUGACUUUGACUGUCAUGAGAAAUGAUGGAAGUUCUCAACCAUCUCCAUCCACCAUCACUGUUCCAAAGCAUGGAAAGUUUGAAGAUCUUAUUCGGGCUUUAAGUAAUGCAUGUUCUUUAGGAGUUGAUGAGGCCCUCUUGGUGGCUGAGAUAUACAACAAUCGCAUAAUUCGUUAUCUAGAGGAGCCAGCUGAUUCAUUAUCCUUAAUUAGAGAUGAUGACCGGCUAGUUGCUUAUCAGUUGCCAAAAGAUACUGUGGAAGUCCCUUUGGUUGUGUUUAUGCAUCAGCAGAUGGAAGAGUUCCGCGAGGAGGAUUUAUGGGUUAGAAAGAUGGUUGCAGGACUUUAUGAUUUUAGAAUGCAGGAGGUUCUGAAUAGCAUGCAUAUUGGGGUUGGUGGUGUUGAUUUUAGGAGAAAGGAGGUUCUGAAUAGCAUGCAUAUUGGGGUUGGUGGUGUUGAUUUUAGGAGAAAGGUUUGGGAUCUGAUUAUGAAUGAUUUGUGGCUGAGGUGGUGGAUUUUAAAGACCGAAUGA